CAUCCCUCUCUGCCCAUUCCUUCAUCCCUUUCUGCCCAUCCCUUCAUCCCUCUCUGCCCAUCCCUUCAUCCCUCUCUGCCCAUCCCUUCAUCCAUCUCUGCCCAUCCCUUCAUCCCUCUCUGCCCAUUCUCAUCCCUCUCUGCCCAUCCCGUCAUCCCUCUCUGCCCAUUCCUUCAUCCCCCUCUGCCCAUCCCCUCAUCCCUCUCUGCCUAUCAAUUCAUCCCUCUCUGCCCAUCCCUUCAGCCCUCUCUGCCCAUUCUCAUCCCUCUCUGCCCAUCCCUUCAUCCCUCUUUGCCCAUUCCUUCAUCCCUCUCUGCCCAUCCCUUCAUCCCUCUCUGCCCAUCAAUUCAUCCCUCUCUGCCCAUCCCUUCAGCCAUCUCUACCCAUUCAUUCAUCCCUCUCUUCCCAUUCUGUCAUCCCUUUCUGCCCAUCCCAUCAUCCCUCUCUGCCCAUUCCUUCAUCCCUCUCUGCCCAUCCCUUCAUCCCUCUCUGCCCAUUCGUUCACCCCUCACUGCCCAUUCUUUCAUCCCUCUCUGGCCAUCCCUUCAUCCCUCUCUGCCCAUUCCUUCAUCCCUCUCUGCCCAUCAAUUCAUCCCUCUCUGCCCAUCCCUUCAUCCCUCUCUGCCCAUCAACCAUCUCUACCCAUUCGUUCAUCCCUCUCUGCCCAUUCUUUCAUCCCUUUCUGCCCAUCCCAUCAUCCCUCUCUGCCCAUUCCUUCAUCCCUCUCUGCCCAUCCCUUCAUCCCUCUCUGCCCAUUCGUUCACCCCUCACUGCCCAUUCUUUCAUCCCUCUCUGGCCAUCCCUUCAUCCCUCUCUGCCCAUUCCUUCAUCCCUCUCUGCCCAUCAAUUCAUCCCUCUCUGCCCAUCCCUUCAUCCCUCUCUGCCCAUCAACCCUCUCUGCCCAUUCGUUCAUCCCUCUCUGCCCAUUCCUUCAUCCCUUUCUGCCCAUCCCAUCCUCCCUCUCUUCCCAUUCCUUCAUCCCCUUCUGCCCAUCCCUUCAUCUCUCUCUGCCCAUUCGUUCACCCCUCACUUCCCAUUCUUUCAUCCCUCUCUGCCCAUCCCUUCAUCCCUCUCUGCCCAUUCCUUCAUCCCUCUCUGCCCAUCAGUUCAUCCCUCUCUGCCCAUCCCUUCAUCCCUCUCGGCCCAUCUCUUCAUCCCUCUCUGCCCAUCAAUUCAUCCCUCUCUGCGCAUCCCUUCAGCCCUCUCUGCGCAGGUGUUCAUCCCUCUCUGCCCAUUCUUUCAUCCCUUUCUGCCCAUCCCUUCAUCCGUCUCUUCCCAUUGCUUCAUCCCUCUCUGCCCAUCCCUUCAUCCCUCUCUGCCAAUCAAUUCAUCCCUCUCUGCCCAUCCCUUCAUCCCUCUCUGCCCAUUCGUUCAUCCCUCUCUGCCCAUUAAUGCAUCCCUCUCUGCCCAGACCUUCAUCCCUCUCUGCCCAUUCCUUCAUCCCUCUCUGCCCAUCCCUUCAUCCCUCUCUUCCCAUCCCUUCAUCCAUCUCUGCCCAUUCCUUCAUCCCU